GUGUAUCCAGACCCUGUUCGGGUGGUGGCGGUGGCGGUGCCGAUCUCUGACCUGUUGGAAGAUCAAACAGACAGACAGACCUCUGUGGAACUCUGCUGUGGAACUCACCUGCUGCAGACCGGCGCCAUCGAGGAUCUGGUGAUUGUCUCUGAGAGACAGAUGGUGAAAGGAAUCAGUCGGAUCGUCGCGGUGACGGGACGGGAAGCAGCGCGGGCUCGAGAGACGGGUCAGGUGUUGUCUCAGGAUGUGGACUCUCUAUCAUCCAGACUCACAGGCUCCGCCCCCAUCAGCCUUGAGUCUGCCCAGUGUUUUGCCAAGGAGGUCGGAGUCAUCUCUGAUGCUGUAGAUAACACCCCCAUCCCCCAGUGGCAGCGUAGAGAACUGCAGAGUCGCCUCAAAGCCAUGCAGAGGACCAGCAACACCGCUGUCAGGAAACUGGAGACCAGAGAUGCUGCGGCAAGAGUUCAGGCUCUGCUGGAGAAGAACGGCAGGAAGGAUCUACAGGUGGACUCUGUGGAGACGGACUCUCUGUCGAUCCUGAUGAAGACGGUGAACCAACUGAGCGCUGCGGCUCCUCACAGUCACGUGAUGCUGCUCGCUCACCAGCGGCAUUCUGGGAAGGUUCUGUGUGCCUGUCAGGUUCCCAAGGACUCGCCGUCCCUCUCAGCCUCUGAUUGGGCAGUGGCGGUGUGCCGUCGUCUCGGGGGGAGCGCCGGGGGCUCCGCGCUGGUUGCCAGGGGAACGGGGAGUAGCAGUGACAUCACCGAGGCUCUGAGGUGGGCGGAGGAGUUCGCUCGCCAGAAAAUACAACGAUGAUAUCUUUCUGAUGUCACGGCGCCUCCUGCUGGUGCCCCGGUAAAGAGGUGCUUCCUGUUUGGACAGGAAGUGUGGGCGCAGGGCCUCGCUGUUGUGGGCAGGGCUUCCAUGCUGCUCUCAGCCAAUCAGAGAAGCUUUAAUAAGCAGCUGGUACAGGUGGCUGUAAGCCCCGCCCACAGCUGCACUCAGGCUCUUCUGAUUGGACGAGUCAGAUGUGAAGGUUCCUGAUGAUAUUUUAUAAAUGUGAACAUUUCUUUGUUUUCUAAUAAAUAAAAACUGCUGACAGUC